AUGUCUCGAUCCCGCCAUGCAAGGCCUUCCAGAUUAGUCAGGAGGGAAGAUCUGAACAGAAAGAAAAGCACCCAACUGAAGAAGACAUCUAAGGCAGCCAACAAAAAUGUGGCAUCAGUCAAGACUGUUAGCCCUGGAAAAUUAAAACAAUUAAUUCAAGAAAGAGAUGUUAAGAAAAAAAUAGAACCCAAACCACCUAUGCCAGUCAGAAGCCUUCUGACAAGAGCUGGAGCAGCACGAAUGAAUUUGGAUAGGACUGAGGUUCUUUUUCAGAACCCAGAAUCCUUAACUUGCAAUGGGUUUACAAUGGCUCUCCGAAGUACCUCUCUUAGCAGGCGACUCUCCCAACCUCCAGUGAUCAUAGCCAAACCCAAGAAAGUUCCACCUCCUAAAAAUUUAGAAAAGCAACAUGGAUGUGAUUAUAAUGUAGUUGCUGACAUGGGAGUAAAACAGUCAGAAAAUGAUUCAGUUCCAACACAAGUCCCCCUAAUUGCUCCUGAUGUAGAGAAUCUAAUUGGUGUUCAAAAGGCAUCUUUAAUUAAAGGUGAGAGCCAAGAGACAACCCAGUCUUGGUCCCAAAGGGUGGAGGAUUCCAAAAUAAAUAUUUCCACUCAGAGUGACCCUGCAGCAGAGAUCCUUUCUGGGUCAUCGGAAGAGACAUGUGGUGGUGAAGGACUAUUCUCUAAAGAGACAUUGAAUGAUAUCAGCGACUCCCCUAGAAUGUUUGCUCAGGACACUCUGUGUGCUCCUUUGCUCCAAAGAGCAGCCCUCAAGGUUACUUACGAAGGAAACUCCAGCAUUCAGUUAGAAGAUUUGGGUUCACGAGUAGAAUCUCUUAAGCUAUCUGAUUCUUACCUGGAUCCCAUCAAAAGUGAACGUAAUGGCUACCCCACCUCAAACUUUAAUAAGGUUAUACCGGAAUUGGACCUUAGAAACUGUUUGUCCAUUGGUGGGUCAAUAUAUCCUACCUCAUUAAUAAAACUUCUCUUGGCAAGCUCAGAACAAGAAACCCUUGGUGCUAAACCAGAUCAUCAAGAGGUACUCAAAACUAUCCCAGAGCAACAGGAAAUUCCUGAUACCACACCUAUCAUAGGACAGGCUUUUAGUGCUGUCCCACAUCGAUGGGAAGUUCCUGGUGCUAACAUAAUUCAUGGAGAGGCUCUGGAUGAGACCCCAGACCCACCAGCAAUGCCUGGUGCUAUUCCAGUCCAAGGAGAGGUCUUCGGUGCUAUCCUAGACCAACAAAUCCUCGGAAUGGGUGGUGGUACUGCCUCAGACCCACCUAUCUUUCUUCCUGCUCCUCUAAACCCAAUUGCUACCUAUAAUGCUCUCCCAGAAUGGCUUGAGCCCCAGAGCACUGUUUCAUAUGGGCUUGAGGUCCAGGGCGCUGUGCAGAUUUUGCCUUUGGGCUCAGGUCACACUCCUCAGCCAUCAUCAAACUCAGAGAUAAGUUCGGUACCUCCAAUAGUGACUAUUAGCAAUAUAGAAAAUGAGAAGCAGGUUCAUAUAAGCUUUCUGCCAGCUAACACUCAGGGGGUCCCCAUAGCCCCUGAGCGAGGACUCAUCCAUGCUUCCCAGGGCAUUAUCCAACUUUCCCAGGCUGGUACCAGCACAUUGGAAGGAGGGAGCUCCCAGAUCAGCAUGACCAGUGUGGCUAACACAGUGGUGUCUAGGCCAGUGUCACUCGCCAGUACCUCCUCUUCUCCUUCCUAUACAACUUUGCUACCUACUUUGGAAAAGAAGAAACGAAAGCGCUGUGGGGUCUGUGAGCCCUGCCAGCAGAAGACCAAUUGUGGUGAAUGUACUUACUGCAAGAACAGAAAGAACAGCCAUCAAAUCUGUAAGAAAAGGAAAUGUGAAGAGCUGAAAAAGAAACCAUCCGUCCUCGUGCCUUUGGAGGUUAUAAAAGAAAACAAGAGGCCCCAGAGGGAAAAGAAGCCCAAAGUUUUAAAGGCAUAUUUUGUCAACAAACCAGUAAAUGGCCCCAAGUCAGAAUCCAUGGAAUACAGGAGGAGCUAUGGGGGGGAACAGAGAUUGGAAUUAAACCCACCUCCCCUCGAAAAUGUAGCUAAAAAUGAAGAAAGUAUGACAGGUAUUGAAGUGGAGAAGUGGACGCAGCACAAGAAAUCACAUUUAACCGAUCAUGUCAAAGGCGAAAUUAAGGCAAUUGUGACAGAAGCUGAAAAAUUAAAAAAUUCUGAAGAUGACAGGAAAAAAGUCCUACUUACUGACUUAAUUGAGCCUCAGAAAUUGUUUGCACAAACCGUAAGAAACGGCAUUAAAAAUGUACACUAUUUACCAACCGAAACAAAUGUGUCUUUUAAAAAAUUCAAUAUUGAAGAAUUUGGCAAGGCAUUUGAAAACAAGUCCUAUAAAUUCCUGAAAGACACUGCCAACCAUAAUGCCAUGAGUUCCAUUGCCACUAGUACGAGCUGUGAUCAUCUCAAAGGGAGAAAUAAUGUUUCAGUCUUCCAGAAAUCUGGCUUUAACUGCAAGUCUUUUCCAGAUCCUGCAACGUUCCACUUAAAUAGUCAUACUAGUACACACAAUGAAAGUGAUGAACCAAAAUCUCUAGAAAAUAUACCAAGUAAAGAACUGAAAGGUGGAUCUCCAGUUCAACCAAGUCUUCUAUCCCUAAUGAAAGAUAGGAGAUUAACACUGGAACAAGUGGUGGCCAUAGAAGCUCUGACCCAACUGUCAGAAGCCCCAUCAGAAAAUUCCUCACCAUCAAAGUCAGAGAAGGAUGAAGAAACAGAACACAGAACAGCGAGUUUGCUUAAUAGCUGUAAAGCUAUCCUCUAUUCUGUAAGAAAAGACCUCCAAGACCAAAACUUACAAGGGGAGCCAGAAAGCCUUCAUCACCAUCCAUCUUUGGAAAAGCAGAGUUCAUGUGACACGGUGGUAUUCAAUGGCCAAAACAUUUCCAAGUCACACAACAGCUCAGCUGCUAACCAGUCACCUAAAAAGUCACAGGAAUAUUCAAAAGUCACAAAUUCAGUAUCUCUUUUCAUACCAAAUUCAAAUUCACCUAAAAUUGACACCAAUAAAAAUGUUGCUCAAGGUAGAAUCACUCUUGAUAAUGCUAAGAAUUUGCACCAUUUGCCACCAUCUAGUGAUAAAUUGGGAUACUGUAACCAGUCCCUGGCCAACAGUAAAAAGAUAGACUUAAAAGACGAUCCGUCGUGUCUAAAUACAAUACACAGCAAAAUAGAGGAAGACGUUGCAACCCAGUUAACACAACUUGCAUCAAUAAUUAAAUUCAAUUACAUAAAACAAGAGGACAAAAAGGUUGAAAGUACACCAACAAGCCUGGUUGCAUAUAACAUACAGCAAAAAUGUAGUCAGGAGAAGGUCGCAGUACAACAGAAAGCACCUUCCAGUGUACAAAAUAAUCAUAGCUCAUCAUUGACAAAGCAAAAGAACACAACACAGAAAAAGACAAGAGCUACCCCAUCGAGAGAUCGGCGGAAAAAGAAGCUUAUAGUCAUAAGUUGUCAAGAAAAUGACCGGAAAAAGCAGGAACAGUUGUCAUAUGAGUAUAGUAAGUUACAUGACAUUUGGAUAGCGUCUAAGUUUCAAAGAUUUGGUCAGUUUGGUCCACACGACUUUCCCAUUCUCUUGGGAAAAAUUCCUCCCCUAACCAAAGUAUGGAAACCACUGACUCAAACGAGUUCAGCAUUAGAACACAAAAAAUUAUUUCCUCCACUCACUCAGAUAAAAUUUGAGCGUUAUUAUCCCGAAUUAGCACAGGAAAGAAACAUGAAGGUUGAACCGUUGGAUUCUCUCCCAUUAUGCCAGUUAAAAACAGAAUCCAAUGGACAGGCGUUUACAGAAAAAGUUGAUAAUUCUCAGGUACAGCCAACAGUGAAUGUCAAUCAGAAAGCUCAUCCUUUACUCCAGCUCUCCCCUCCAACUAACCAGUGUGCUAAUGUCAUGGCCAGUGAUGACCAAACACAGUUCCCACGGGAUGUUAAAGACCAACUCAUGCAUCAGAAACUGCCAACAUUGCCUGGUAUCUCUCAUGAAACCCCCUUACCAGACCCAGCACAAAUUCUCAGGAAUGUCGAUGUAGUAUGUUCAGGUGGAAUUACAGUGGUUUCUACCAAGAGUGAAGAGGACAUCUGUUCAUCUAGUAUUGGAGCUUCAGAAUUUUCCCCAGUAGACAGUGCACAGAAAAGUUUUAAUGAUUAUGCCAUGAACUUCUUUACCAAUCCUACAAAAAACCUGGUGUCCACAACAAAAGAUUCUGAAUUGCCAACCUGCAACUGUCUUGAUCGAGUUAUACAAAAAGACAAAGGCCCAUAUUAUACACACCUUGGGGCAGGACCAAGUGUUGCUGCUGUCAGGGAAAUCAUGGAGAAUAGGUAUGGUCAAAAAGGAAACGCAGUAAGGAUAGAAAUUGUAGUGUAUACGGGAAAAGAAGGAAAAAGCUCUCACGGGUGUCCAAUUGCUAAGUGGGUUUUAAGAAGAGGCAGCGAUGAAGAGAAAGUUCUUUGUUUGGUUCGGCAACGGACAGGCCAUCACUGUCCAACGGCUGUGAUGGUGGUGCUUAUCAUGGUAUGGGACGGCAUUCCUCUCCCCAUGGCUGACAGAUUGUACACGGAGCUUACUGAAAACCUAAAGUCAUACAAUGGUCAUCCCACAGACCGAAGAUGCACGCUCAAUGAAAAUCGUACCUGUACAUGUCAAGGAAUUGAUCCAGAGACUUGUGGAGCUUCAUUCUCUUUUGGCUGUUCAUGGAGUAUGUAUUUCAAUGGAUGUAAAUUUGGUAGAAGCCCAAGCCCUAGAAGAUUUAGAAUUGAUCCAAGCUCUCCCUUACAUGAAAAAAACCUUGAAGAUAAUUUACAGAGUUUGGCUACACGAUUAGCUCCCAUUUAUAAGCAGUAUGCUCCAGUUGCUUACCAAAACCAGGUAGAAUAUGAACAUGUUGCCCGAGAAUGUCGGCUUGGCAGCAAAGAAGGUCGUCCAUUCUCUGGGGUCACUGCUUGCCUAGACUUCUGUGCCCAUCCUCACAGGGACAUUCACAACAUGAAUAAUGGAAGCACUGUGGUUUGUACUUUAACAAGAGAAGAUAACCGCUCCUUGGGGGUUAUCCCUCAAGAUGAGCAGCUGCAUGUGCUACCGCUCUACAAACUCUCAGAUACAGAUGAGUUUGGCUCUAGCGAAGGAAUGGAAGCCAAGAUCCAAUCUGGGGCCAUUGAGGUGCUCACACCCCGCCGUAAAAAAAGAACACGUUUUACUCAGCCAGUUCCUCGUUCCGGGAAGAAGAGGGCCGCAAUGAUGACAGAAGUUCUCGCACAUAAGAUAAGAGCGGUGGAGAAGAAAUUCAUUCCUCGGAUCAAGCGCAAGAAUAACUCGACAACAAACAAUAGCAAGGCUUCCUCGCUGCCGCUUUUAGGGAAUAAAACUGAAGCCUUGCAACUUGAAAUAAAAAGUGAAACUGAACCCCAUUUUAUCUUCAAAGGUUCGGACAACACUAAAACCUACUCACUGACCCCAUCCAUUCCUCACACACUGAAAGAGGCAAACAUGUCUCCAGGUUUCUCCUGGUCCCCUAAGACUGCGCCGGCCACAACAGCUCCUCUUAAGAACGAUGCGUCAGUUCCGUACGGGUUUUCAGAAAGAAGCAGCAAUCCCCUCUGCACAGUGCCUUCUGCGAGACACAGUGGUGCUAAUGCAGCUGCAGGGGAAUGCACUGGAAUUGCGCAGCCUGGCGACGAGGUUUCUCUUCCCACCUUGUCGACUCCCAUGACAGAUACCCUGGUUUACUCUGAGCCUCCCAUUGGUCCGUCUGAACAGCUACCUUCUAAUCAUCCAAACCAGCAACCCCCAUUCACCACCUCUCCUCAUGACCUGGCUUCCUCUCUGGUGGAAGAAGAUGAGCAGCAUUCUGAUGCAGAUGAGCCUCUAUCUGAUGACCCCCUCUCAGACGAGCCCCUGUCCCCGGCUGAGGAGAAACUGCUCCACAUCGACGAGUAUUGGUCAGACAGCGAGCACAUCUUCUUGGAUGCCAACAUUGGUGGGGUGGCAAUUGCGCCUGCGCAUGGCUCCGUUUUGAUCGAGUGCGCCCGGCGAGAGCUUCACGCAACCACUCCUGUUGAACACCCCAACCGGAAUCAUCCCACACGCCUCUCCCUUGUUUUCUACCAGCACAAAAACCUGAAUAAGCCCCAACAUGGUUUUGAACUGAACAAGAUUAAGUUUGAGGCUAAAGAAGCUAAGAAUAAGAAAAUUAAGGCCUCAGAGCAGAAAGACCAGGCAGCUAAUGAGGGUCCUGAACUGUCCCCUGAAGUUAAUGAGUUGAACCAAAUUCCUUCUCAUAAAGCGUUAACAUUAACCCAUGACAAUAUUGUCACCGUGUCCCCUUAUGCUCUCACACAUGUUGCAGGACCCUAUAACCAUUGGGUCUGAAGGCUUUUCUCCCCUUCUUAAUGCCUUCGCUAGUGCAGUGUAUUUUUUCAAGGUGCUGUUAAAAGAAAGUCAUGUUGUCGUUUACUUAUCUUCAUCUCACCCAUUUGAAGGCUGAGGUAAAAAACAAAACAAAAAUAGGGUGGGUAUUUCUUAACUGUGACUAUAUUUGAAAAUUGGUAGAAGGUGCACAUUUUAAGCAAAAAUAAAAGUUUUAUAGUUUUAAAUACAUAAAGAAAUGUUUUGGUUAGGUGUUAACCUUGAUAGAAUCACUCAGUUUGGUGCUUUAAAUUAAGUCUGUUUACUAUGAAACAAGAGUCAUUUUUAGAGGAUUUUAACAGGUUCAUGUGCUAUGAUGUAAAAUCAAGACACAGUGUUAACUCUACACAGCUCCUGGUGCUUACCCACAUCAACAGUUAAAAAUAAGCUGCAUUAUUAUUUCGUGGUGCCAUCGUUCCAACAUCUUCCAAUCAUUGCUAGAAAAUCGGCAUAUUCCUUUGAAAUAAACCAAUGAAAUGUUUUCUCUCUCAAGAUAUCUCUCCUGUAUAAAAUAAUUCAUUAUUGUUAAUAAUGGUUGGAGGCUGUUCAUAAACUGUAAAUAUAUAUUUUAAAAGCACUUUCUAUUUUUAAAAGUAACUUGAAAUAGUAUAGUAUAAGAAUCUUAUUGUCUAUUGUUUGUGCAUAUUUGCAUACAAGAGAAAUCAUUUAUUCUUGCUGUGUAGAGUUCCAUCUUGUUAACUGCAAUAUGUAUUCUAAUCAUGUAUAUGAUUUGUUUUUUAAAAAAAAAUGUGUCCUUUCUCAUGCAGAUAUUAGCUACUUAUAUAAAAUAGUUAGAACAUGCAAAAAUUGUUAAUUUUCUCUAAAAUCAGAAUUAGGAAGCAUAUCACCAAUGUCAAUUAACAUUUUAUUUGGAAGUAAGAGUGGUCUCUUCUGAUUUAUCAAGCAACAGUGGCUCCGAUUUUACUUUCACCCCAGCUUUCUCAAUGUCAUCAUGAAAGAUUUUUCCAAAAGGAGAUGGGACAUUGUAGGAUUCAGAAGAGUCAAAUGCUUCUAACGUUUCAAGGUGAUUAAAUAUAAAAAUUAAGUAGCAAGAACCCUACCCAUCCCAAAUUGCCUUAUUUGUUCUGAAAGUCAUUCUGGUACAGAAUUAGAAUAAAAUUCCCAUAGAAAUCUUUUGAAAACAAAACCCCUAUUGUCAUCACACAUCCACACAUCCCAAACAGUAGGAGUGGCAAUCUAAGUAUGGUAUUGCCCAUUAAGAGCUAAUCCAGAGUAGUUUAUCUAAGCAUAUUAGUUUUAGGGAAAUAAAUACUGAUCUUCUCUGAUAAUUGCCUGUGUCCUAGGUAACGGGAAAAUAGGCAUUUCAUUUAUGUUAACCCUCCCAUAUUUUUUCCCAUUACUUAUUGGCUCAUUUUAUAGCAAAACAAAAGGUAUUGCCCAAACAAAAUAUUUAGAGCAAGAAAUUUCAGUGAAAUACUUGAUUCUAUUAAAAUGCAGAGGUGCUAUAACAUGCAAAGUGUCAGAUACCUUGGGAGUGUGGAAAACCUAAAUAAUGGUGCUUCUCCCUUGGAAAUGCCAUAGGAAGCCCACAACUGCUAACACUCAACAAUUUUGGUGCAAAAGCAAACAGUUCCAGCAAGCUCUAAAGAAAAACUCAUUGUAACUUAUAUUAAAAUAAUAUAUGGUGCAAAGUCUCAGUUUCAAGCUUUUGACUAAUCCAAGUAAAGGAAUAUGAAGGGAUUGUAUAUAACAAAUAUCCAUUGGUAGACCAUCAUCUUGUACAAGUAGAUUUCUGCUUCUUGAAUAUGUAAAAUAGGGUGAUUCAUUGACUUGUUUUAGUAUUUUGUGUGCCUUAGAUUUCCGUUUUAAAACAUGUAUAUUUUUGUGAGCCUAAGGUUUCUUAUAAGUAUAUAAAUAAGUGAUUGUUUAUUAUUUCAGCUGCUUUGAUAAGAUAUUUACUAGUAUUAGACUAUCAGGAAUACACCCUUGUGAUAUUUCGUUUUAGAUAUUAGGCCUUAGCUCCCACUAGAAAUUAUCUCCUCACCAGAUUUAAUGAAUCAAGUUUUAAGACCCUUUAUCCAUCCACCCAUCUUCCUUCCAUUCAACACUUACUGAAUGUCUGCAGAAUUUAAAUAUUAGCUUUUGUUUUUCUUUCAACUACCACCCAUGACACAGUAAACGUGAAGAAUUGAAAUUCUAAAGUUGCUUUUAUCCGUGUUUUUCAAAGAAACAGCAAAUUUCCUUCAAAAAAAUCCAUUGUAGGGGUGCCUGGCUGGCUCAGUUGGUAGAGCACGCGAAUCUUAAUCUCAGGGUCGUGAGAUUCGAGCCCCACAUUGGGCACGGAAUCUAUUUAAAAUUGAAAAAAACAAAAAGAACAAAAGAAUCAGUUGUAAUAUAUCUGCAGCAGUUCAAAUCAGUGUCACUAACUUUGAGUAAGUUUCUUAGCAACUGAUCUUGAAGCGCUGGUGUUACUUAGGGGAAUACUGGGAUUUGUGAAGUUGGCUGCAGUUGCCCAAAGCCAGUGCAUAAAAAUAUCCCUGCUCAACUAAAAUGUUUCCAUUCCAUUAUUAUAAUUAACACCAUUAAUGCCCUGUCUCAACUGAUAACCCCAUGGUGGGAACCACAUGUGAUUCCUACUUUGUUGGACUCUACUUCUUAAGUUUCAAUUAACAGUUUACCAUCCCAUUGUCUGCCCUGUGAUUUUUUCCUUUUUAAAUGCUCAUGCUUAUUCAAUGUUCUCCAGCAUUGUGACUGUAUGCUAGGGACACUGCUUUUAGAAUGCUCUUGAGAAGCAAGGAAAUAAAUUUGUUUGAAAUGACAUCUUCACUCAGAAAACUGGUCAUCUAACAUUAUUUCUACACCUUCUAUUAUGUAUUACUGUAACAAUCACCUUUUGCUUUACCUGUCUUACACCACUCAAAAUGAUUUUUUCAAUAUUCUGCCUUUGUUCAUGGUAUGAUAAUUGAAUUAGUUGAUACAUGAUCCCCAAGUUAACCCAACCUGUCCAUAAUAUGUUACAAACUUACUGAAUACAAUGAACUGCCUAUUUUAGAAUCCUACAAAAUACUCUGCCCUUCAAAAUCCUGUUUCUAACAGCUCUCAGGCCAUGGUUGAAAAAAAAUUUUUCUUCUGUUUUUCAGCCUCACCUACAUCUUUCCAAUUCAUCCACAAAGUACCAAAUACAUCAUGUGAUAGACCUAAUUGAAAUAAAUUAUUGGAAAGUGAGGCUAGCUGAAAAUGUAUAGCUGUAGGUAAAUUUUUGCAACACAUUAGCAAAAUGUUUGCAGCUUAACCUUCCAACAUCUUUGUUAUGCAAUCUGCAUGUGGAUGAAAUAAUUUAAUUUGUUAAAUAUAGAAUUUCAACUAGCUGAGAUCCAUAGCAAUUUACUUAAGACAGAACCCCAAAACAUACUUAAUUGAAUGCAUACCCUUGUGUAAAUGAGAUAACAAUUCAUACAAAGUAACCUACUUUCUAAUAUUACUUCAGUGGACUCAACUGAUUAUCAUUUAUUCCACAAUAGCAUGUAUGAAAGUAAUCCUAAACUACUUAAGUUUACUCUUUAAAACAAAUUCUAUUGAGAUUACGUUUUGACAUUGCAUGACAACUUCCACCAAUAGUGGGCACAGAAUUUCCUUCAAAUGUGCUGAGUAAAUCAGUAGCUGUCAUAUAACUUUUUAAUAAUAUAUAGCUACCUUCUAUUUCACAACUUCUUGAUGCAUGGAAAUUUCUUUUUUGUCUAGAGUUAAUACAACUGUGAGUUUUGAUCUUCUGUAAAAUUUCUGACGAGAAUUGUGAAAUAAUAUGGUAGUGGCCUCUCCCAGCGCUAGAAGAUACCUUAGAAGUCACACAGUUCAAUCACUGGGGCCCAGAGAGCAGAUGUUAAUGUCAGUGUGUACCUAUGUUUAUAAUUAGAGUUGAAACAAUCAAAUGAAGGCCACUUUGUGCUUAGGAGAACUCGAGGAAACAAACUUGAUUUGCUCACCCAGAGAGUAUCUCAUAACUGGGAAAUAACCUUAUUGUGGUACGAGUAAAAAUUAAAAUGGCUUUUUAUUUUUUUCUGUUGAGUUUUUUGUUUUGUUUUGUUUAUUUCUGAGAGAUUCAGGAAAACAAGUCAAGUGAAAUUGGAUCAAGAUUUCCCUGCCUGCAGAGUUUCGUGGGCCUUGUGUGGGAAAUCUAGCUGACCUUUGACCUAUGAAGCUGUCCUGUUAACUCCUCCAACAAAAUGUGGCAAUAGUCAUUUGCUAUUUCAAUAAAGAAAUAUCAAGUACUUAUAUAGUACAGGCUUUUAUUUCCCCUGAUACAAGUAUUAGGCAUAUACAAGGAGUUGGAAAAAAUAGAGUGGUUGAAAGAAUUGGGGGAAAGAUACCAAUUGUAUAUACUACCUAGGCAUGGUUGUACAGUCUAUCCCACCUCUGGCCAAGUUGGCCUCAUAGUUAAGUCCUAGCAUAGUUCAUUUUGAUGUGAUUGUCUACAUGUAUUAGAAUACUGUUUUAUUGUGCACAGCUCUGAAACUUGCCCAUAAGUGUAUUGAACUUGUAACUUCAACAUCAACAGUCAGGCACACUCCACCAGGUGAUAAAUGAGUGCCCUGAUUCCUGAAGAGUCUGGAUUUACCCAAAUCAAAUUAUGCUCCACAUUGUGCUUUCUUCUAAUAGACUUGGAAAACGAGGCCAUUCAUGGCUCUGGAAUGCAAGUCAAAGGAUCAGGAUGUCAGAAGCUAAAUUUGUGUAUUUUCUUGGAAUGUAUGGAGAUUUCUUGGCUUUUUUUCCUUUUCUCAUUUAUAAAAUAGAGUCUAAGUUACUCUGUUAAGUUUGAAGAUGGUAAAACUGGCCUUUAUGCAAGAAGGCAUCGCUCUUUUUGUCCACAUUGAACUCUAGAAACUUGAAUUCUCUGCAUUCCAGUAUAUCUGGAUGACUGUUUCAAUCCCUGUUCCUUCUGGGCACCCAAUCAAAUACCAUUGUUUACUUCGAAAGGCAUAAAUUUUAUUCCUUCAAGUAAUGCAAAGGUGUUCCUUACUUGGCCAUUCCUAAUCUUCACUUCUCCUUUAAGGGCCCCACAAUGUGUUUCUCUAUUGAUAGUAUGCAAUAUUUAACUUCUCUGGCUUUAGAAGUCCAACACUAAUCUCUGCAUUGUUGGCUGUACUUUUCCCAUCCCUACUGUGGUAUCAAUGAUCCUGCCCCGGUCACAAGUUUUUCUUGUUUCUUCAUGUCCCCUAUAAUUAAAGCAAAACUUAGUCUAAGGUAGGAAUGUUAUUAUCAGAUGUUAAACAUAUUACCUGAUUUAACUGAUUGAUGUUUGAGUGCAACUUGGGAAACACUUGUUUAACAAUAUAAACCUAGUUUUCCUAAAAAUAGAAAUUUUGUCCCUAGCAGCUGUUAUGAAAGGCAUUCUUUCUCUCUUGUCUUGUUCAUCAGGAAAAAAUCUUGCAGCUGUCAGAAACAUGUUCACUUUUGGAGAAACAGUACUGAAAAGUAAUUUCGUUUGUUCUUCAUUUGGCUAGGUAUAAACUUACCGUCUUCGACCAGAAUUUUUGCUUGUUAUUAUUUUUCUUUUUUCAUUUUACUGAAGCUAUGAUGUCACUACAUGUACUUUUCAUUCUUUUUACUGUUUUGAUCCUUUCCUCUGAUUUUCUUUAAAAAAAGAAACUCUAUUGCUUCCCCUCUGUGUUCUCCCUCCACUCCCCAUGGUCCCUACACAAAUACACAUGGUUCGUGUUAAGAAUAGCAGUGAUCUCGGUCAAGUUACCUUUUCCUGUUUUCUAAAAUCAUGUUUCACAAAUCCUUUGUGGAAUAAUACCAAAAAGGAUCACAAUCUUUUAUUCGGUCAUUUUCUGUUAGAGGCAAUUUCAAUUUUUAGGAAGAGAUAGUGGUCACAAGGCCCCAGGUUAGCAUCCAGUUCUCUAACAAUCCCAACAAUGUUUGUUUUGUUUUGUUUUGCGUUUUAAAUCCCAACAAUGUCUGACUCUCAACGUGUUUAUUAGUGUUUGAGUGUUUUGCAAAACCUUAUAUCAGAAGUUAAAUAUUCUAGCACUAUUUCUGUAUAGCUUUGCUAUUUCUGUAUGACACAUCAUACUAAUAUUAUAAGUUGUCUGACCAGUGGCUUUGAAUUAAUAACAGGUCUGAUUUAUACAGUAGACAAUAUUUUCUUUUCACAUAUUUUAUCUCCCAGCCCAGUUUUGUGCAUGGUAUUUACUUUCCAAUGUAAAUUUACCCCUUUGGAAUUUGGGUUUUGGCAAUAAUAGGAACUAUUCUAUAAUCUGGAUGAGAAAGGUUAAAAAAAAAAAAAGAACUGAAAGUAAUUUAAGGAAUUCUUAAAGAUGGGAUAAAUCAGUUAUCAGGAGUUGUGAGUGUAAUAGGGGGGAGUUCAGGGGCAGGAAGGAGGGAGAAUUGUGUUCCUAUCAUCAAUCUGCAGGUUCACUCCACCAGAUCAACACCAAAACAUACUUUAAGAACUCCUCCCCACCCCAUGACAGUUUUAUCUGAAAAAUAGCAGCUCAAAAUGAGGAACCAUUGUGAAUGCAAAUAUGGUAGUAAGAAAAAUUAUAAUCCCUGUACUUUAUAAUGUUUUAGGAUAUCAAACUGCUUUACUGUGUGCUCCCUUUUUCUCCCCAACACUGAGGGUUGGACAAAUGUCCAAAUGUUCCCAUCUUACUGGUGAUGGGAACCUGCAGAUUGGCAAGAAGAGCAAAUGCCUUGCUCCAAGUACUAGAGCAAGUCAACCCAUCUGAGACCAAACCAUUUCAUAGCUGCAGACUGCAGACUGCAGAAUGCAUUUCUGCACCAUAAACUAUGAUUUCAAGAGUGUUAUUGAGUAGAAAUUUUGUCAGACCUAAUCUAAGAAUAAUGUAAAACCUACUUAUUGUAUGCAAAACAUGCUUCUGAAGUGUUUUGUUUCCACUAUUUAUUUAGCCAGGGAUUUUUUUAUGCAUACUUUGGAAGGUCUCCCCAAAUUCCCAAGACUUCUGCAUUUUAGGAUUUAGAUUAAUGAAGCUUUAGUUUUUCCCUGUAAAUAAACUUUUUAAUAAAGAAUGUCCCUGUACUACUAAAACAAAGGGAAACCUCAAUGAUAUUUGUCUUAAAUAUUAUUUUUAAAAAGACUGAGAUCAGCAACUCAAAAUCAAAGUUUAAUGUAUUUGUUAUAUUGAAAUGAAGGUUUCUAGAAGGGAAUGUGCUGGGUGAACUAUUUUAGUUCCCAGGUGUUCAUGGUAAAAACGUAAAAUUGCUGGCAUCUCUAAGAGAUAGUACUGUCUCCCACUUAUUUAAAUUUGUUUUGUUUUGUUUUUUGUUCCACUUUGUUUAAACAUACCUUUGCCCAGAGAGUUAAGAAAAAGAAUGAGAUGUAUUUGUAAAGUUUUGGUAAAAGCUCUUUAUAAAUAUAAAGAGGUGGGAUAUUUUGGCAAUUCCAUCGGUACAUUAUGGGUUGCUAAAGAAAAACCCAAACUUCCCUAAAUAGUCAAAUAAAUUCCACUUUUGGUGAUUUGGUUCAGUAACUGCCUAUCCUCACUAAUGCGUUUGUGAUAUUAUAAAAUGGUUGACAAUGUAGGACUUUACAAAUAUAGUUCUUAGAAAACAAAACAAAACAAAGACUAAAUAUUUUUUAUUAAUAGGUAUGGUCAUUUUUUUUAAACUUCUAUAACAGAUAACAUUGUGAUAGGUGCUUUAAGAGAAAUAUUUUUCCAGAAAUGGUUUUAUAGUAAAAAAAUGGGGGUGGGGGGAGCUUUUGCAUUGUGACAUAUGGGUGGAUAGUCAUCUUUGAGUUACUAAAAAUCAUGAAGUGUUCCCUGAAGAGAAACUCAUAAAACUACUUGACAGAAAGAAAAGCAUUAAUUUCUAGUUUCUUCAUUUUCUCGUGUUAUAUGGUGACCUACCAAGUAGAUUCACGUGCAUAUCAAUACUUCGGCUCAAAGGAGAAGAUUGAGUGCUUUUCAAUAGUGGGAGUAAAAUAUUCACAGAUUCUUCAUCAUGGGGAAAUAGAGUAGUACUGACUUUCCAUAGAGAAAUACCAAUUUCACAAGUUAAUAUUCCUGUCUCUAGGUGACUUUGUCUCUCCUUAGGGUAUAUUUACUAUUUAUUUUGUACCUUUGAUUUUUUGCUUUGGGGGAUUAUUUUUUACCUAUUGCAGUCCUACUGUAUUAAAUAUCCCAUAUAAUGAAAUGUUAGUAAGGAAAAGAUUUUAAAACUCCACAAAAUCUGGUUUGGGUUCUUAAUAUAUGGGAAAAACAGUUUAAAGAAAAAGCACUUCACCAUGCAGAAGGGAAAGAGAUAAUCUUAAUUAUGGUAAUUUCAAUUCAGGAUCAACAUGUAGUGCUCUGCAUACAAGGGAACACUUACUAGCAGUACUUGAAGUCUUGUGAGUUGGAAUUGCAUGUUACUUGAAAGACCUAAUUAAGCUAAAUUUUGGUGCACAGCAGGUGUACAUGAUUUCAUGUUUAUGUAGCAAAAUGCAUUGAAAUGUACUAGUAUUGAAACAUACAUGUAAAGAGUUGUGGAAAUUGUCUAUUAUAUUUUCCUUGUGUGUCUCAUUUAUUUAGAGCACAAAGUUUCUUUUUUUUAAGUGUUCUAACUGAAUAAGGCUAAAUGAAUACUGUAAUUGAAAUUAUAUUUUAAAUCUUUGUCAUGAGUUUUUAAAAAAACUAUUGCAAAUUGUAUCAUUCCUGAUUACACAGAACUUUGUGGGUGGUUUUAAAUAAAUUUUAUACUUCUAUUUUGCA